AUGCACCAUCCUCAUCGAACCAAACGAAACAGUAUCCUCACCACCCUCAUCCUCCUCCAUUCCUCCGCCUUGGUCGCCUCCUUCGAAUCUCCCCCCACUAUUCCAACCGAGCAACUCACCUGUAAACCAACUGGAUUGAUUCAGGACACCAGCUGCGACUUCGAAACAAUUGACGAGGUGAACCGGAAGAUUCACUCUGAAAUAUCUGCUGCAGUUCAACUACCCAUCUUUCGCUAUCACAAGAUCGAUCUCUACCGAGAAUGCCCGUUUUGGUCGGAGGAUGGAUUGUGUGGAAAUCGAGCUUGUGCCGUUGAUGAACUAGAUCAAAAGGACAUCCCGGCUUAUUGGAGAAACAGCGAGUUGAGCGAUCUUAAAACAGCACCUCUGAAGGACAUCCCCAUCGACAUGAAGGAUAAGUGUGUCGUCAAAGAACAGGAUUAUUGCGUACUGGAUGGAGAUAAUGGCAUGCCUUCAAAUGGAGUCUAUGUUGACUUGUUGGCCAAUCCGGAACGUUUCACGGGCUAUUCUGGAAAAUCAGCCCAACGAAUCUGGCGUGCAAUCUAUCAAGACAACUGUUUCGACGUACCCCAACGACCUGUCUUCAGUCCAUUUUCUACUCCCCCUCCCUCUAGCCGUGCUGGGCUCGAACCCCAGCCGGACUUAAUCGAAUCUGGCAAUACGGAUAACGGGACUUGCUUGGAGAAGCGAGCGUAUUACAAGCUAUUAUCAGGCCUUCACACUUCGAUUUCAAUGCACAUAUGCGACGAAUAUCUGGACCCAAGUACCGGCCAGUGGGUACCCAACCUGCAAUGCUACUUGAAUCGAAUCGGCUUAUAUCCAGAUCGACUCGAGAAUCUCUAUUUUACCUACACCUUGAUGCUACGCGCUCUUUCUCGCUCAGCAUCAUAUCUGAGCUCUCCCAGGGUAGAACUAUGUACAGGAGAUGCUAAAGCCGAUAGUCUCACUCGAAAGAGCCUAAACCGAUUAAUUGCAAUCGCACAUUCCUAUCCCGUCACAUUUGAUGAAACCCGCAUGUUCAAAAGUGACUCCCACGGCCACAACACCCUCAAGGACGAAUUCAAAGAGCAUUUCCGAAAUGUCAGUCGGAUCAUGGAUUGCGUCGGAUGUGACAAGUGUCGAUUGUGGGGCAAAUUGCAAAUCAUGGGCUUGGCAACUGGACUGAAACUGCUGUUCGAAUACGAGGAAGGCUCCCAGGAUCAUUCCAAUUUCCAUCUUACUCGACCCGAAUUAAUCGGGUUCAUCAACACUUUGAAUCGGCUGUCCGAAUCGCUAGCAGCUGUCGACAAAUUCACCAAGUUGUGGGAACAGCGAUUCGCUGAAGGAACGCUGCCAAACCAAAUCAGGGACGAAAAAUUAGACGGUAUAGCGUCAGGAAAGGCGGCCCAGGCCCUCUCAUUAACCCCCGGAUUGAGUCCCCGAGACCACUCUCCUUUCGUGGGCAUGGGGGCCAAAGCGAAGGACAAAGCCAAAAAGCCAACAGUACACGCAGAUUUGAAACCCAAAGACCAACCAUCGAGACCAUCCACCCCAGCACCCCCUACAUCGACCAAUUCCCAGAUCAUAAUGAGUUUACCGAGCGCGAAACCCAAGCUAACGUAUUCCUCCAAUGCUCAUGGUCCAUAUAAUAACCGGUCCGAUCCUACGAUCCAAUCGAACAUUCGGUCUCAUGUUAUCGACCUCGGCCUACUCGUCAAACCUGCCAGUAAAAUGUUCAAGAUGUUUAGCGAGAAAUGCAAACAUUCGUUUGCCAUGUGUUCGCAUUGGGUCGAGAGUCUGUUGGGCCAAAUGAAGACACUAAUCUUUCUGUCUCGCUCUCAUAAUCGAAAUCCUCACUUUCAAGAUGAAGAUAUUCAUCAGCCUCCCUCUCGAACUGAGAAAAAAGAAUUAUAA